AUGGAUAAAUUGAAACAAAAGUUGAGAAAGGAAAAACAGACAAAAGAGUGCUCAAAAGACAAGUAUCCGCAGUUCAUAACGGAUGUGAAUAGUAUCAAAGAGAAUCUUAAAAUAAAAGAAAUAUUGAGAACAGUUAAGAUGAGUAAUAGCAUGCGAUUAGAAACCCCUUGUGGUAACAAUGUUGUGAGUAAUGAAGAUUUUAAUAAAGACGAAUGUUUGGAAAUGUCUGCCGAUCAGAAUUCAUCAGAACCGUUAAGCGCGACGAAUCCAGAUGUUUUGAUUACUAAAUCCAUUUCUACCGAUAGCGUAGAGAGUAUUAUAGAUAUUUGUGAAAACGAAUCGACUGAAGAAUUUGAAAACAGUAGUAAAUGUAAUAUUAUACUAGAUGAGGCAAAACAAUCUAUUAACAAUAUAGAAAACAACGAAAAAAAUAAUUCAAAUCACAAUGAAUUAAAUUUACUUGUACCUAAUGGAAAAUCUAGCGAAAAUAGUCGAGAAAGAAAACUGUCCCUAGACCAUACGAUCUUAUCGAGGCAAGAUGGUUUCUCACAAUCUGAAUUAGAUUUGCAUUCAAUUGGGAAAUCUCCACUUGAACGGAAAUCUUCGUUCUUCAGGAAGAAAAUGGAUAGUUUUGUUAGGAAUACAACAGAAAUGUUUAGAAGGCAGAAUAGAUCAUUACAACGCCGGGUUUCAAUGUCAGUAUCUCUUCAAUCAUUAAAUGAAAAAUAUCAGAACCCAAGUGCUGAAACAAUUACAAGCGACCAACAAGAGUCAUAUGGAAGCAAAUCAAGCUUACAAACACCUACCCCAAUAGUGCGUAGCACCUCCAGCUUGUCCCUGAGGCACAGUGCCCAACCGCCAAGUCCUUCUCCGCAAAACAGCCUCGCCGGAAGUAACCCGACCCUACACGCCUUGUCCUCUUCUACUUUAGAGAAUUUACAUUCCAACAGUGAUCUUA